GGAAACUCAUGGCUUGGCUCUGUGACUAUCCACAAGGAGUUUCUUCCAGGUGGGGAAACAGUCAAGCUUGGGAGAUACUGAAAAUGAUAAAGAAUGUAGAAAAGAUGGAACUCUUCUGUUUGGCAUCUGAUUGAGGCAUGGUCCUUUGAGUGAAUGACCUCCUUGGAGACCAUUCCUCUGCUCCUCUUGCUACCAUCCAGGAGGCAGAAGAUUCCACAGGUCCAGGAAAGGUCCAUUGCCCCCAACCUUCCAGAUACUACCUCAUGCUUGGGGAAUUAGGAUGACCAUGGCUCUUAUAUUCAGUGUCCUGCUGCUACUGGGACUGUGUGGAAAUAUUGCUUCAGGAGAUCAGCCUGUGUCCACAAGCACUCCUGGGGCUUUGGAUUAUGAAUUGCCUACCUCAGAGUAUGAGACCCCAGACACAUUCAAUGCCGGGACCGUUGGCCCUCUCUACCGAAUGGUACACAUCUUCCUUCAGGUGGUCCAGCCGAAUGAUUUCCCCCAAGAUAUGGUCAGAAAAAUCAUACAAAGGAAUUUUGACUUCUCAGUUGACUCAAAGGAGAUUGCCUACUAUGAAAUUGGAAUCCUUAUCUGCACCAUCCUGGGACUGCUAUUUAUUAUCCUCAUGCCUCUGGUGGGCUACUUCUUCUGUAUGUGCCGCUGUUGUAACAAAUGUGGCGGAGAGAUGCACCAGCGGCAGAAGCAGAACGAGUCGUGCCGGAGGAAAUGCUUUGCUCUUUCGCUGCUGGUGAUCUGUCUGCUCAUGAGCCUUGGCAUCAUGUAUGGUUUUGUGGCCAACCACCAGGUAAGGACCAGGAUCAAAAGGACCGAGAAUCUGACAGAGAGCAAUUACAGAGACUUGCAAACAUUCCUGAAUGAAACCCCAAAGCAAAUUGACUAUAUAUUGGCUCAGUACACCAACACCAAGAACAAGGCAUUCUCAGACCUGGAUGGUGUCGAUUCCUUACUGGGAGGCAGAAUAAAGGACCAAGUAAAACCCAAAGUAAUCCCUGUUCUCGAUGAGAUUAAGGCCAUGGUGACAGCCAUCAGGCAGGCCAGGGAUGCCCUGGAGAACAUGAAUGACACCCUUAAGAACAUAAGUGACGGAAGCAGACAGCUCAGCGCCAACCUGACCAAUGUGAAAGAUAACAUGGAGAAAUUGCUCCAGAACAGCAACGACUGUGCUUCAGAGCCGGCCAAAGAUAUCUGUGACAACAUCAGAUCAGAGCUAAGCAAUCUGGGGAGCAACCUCAAUUCCAGCCAGUUCCCACCUGUGGAUGAAGAACUCAACAAAGUCAAUGACAUCUGCAAGACUGAUCUGGAGAGCCUCGUCAACAAGGGGUACGCAGCGAUUGAUGAAAUACCUGGUAAGGUAGGAGACCAAACCGUGGAUGUCGUCGCAGAUGUCAAAAAGGCCUUGGAUUCCAUCAGCUCCACCAUUAAGAAUGUGAGCCAAAAGUGUUCCUGUUGAGGAGGUGCUGUCCUCAAGUCUCCCGUUACGUUAACGACAGCACAAUUACUUACCACCAGGAGCUGCCCAAAACUGGAAGAAUACGACUCAUACUGGUGCUGGGUGGGCUUGAUUGUCUGCUUCCUGCUGACCCUCAUUGUGACCUUCUUCUUCCUGGGCCUGCGGUGUGGUGUGUGUGGCUACGACAGGCAUGCCACCCCCACCAGAAGAGGCUGCGUGUCCAACACUGGCAUCUUCCUCAUGGCCGGAGUUGGAUUCAGCUUCUUUUUUUGCUGGAUAUUGAUGAUCCUUGUGGUCCUUACUUUUGUCGUUGGUGCAAACAUGGAAAAGUUGAUCUGUGAACCUUAUGCAAACAAGCAAUUAUUACAGGUUUUGGACACUCCCUACCUGCUACGAGGAGACUGGCAAUUCUACCUCUCUGGCCUGAUGCUCAAUAACCCAAACAUUAACCUGACAUUUGAACAAGUUUACAGUGACUGCAAAAAAGGUCGGGGUGUAUACGCUACCUUUCAGCUUGAGCAUGUCUUCAACGUCAGCGAGAAUUUCAACAUUGAGAAGGUGAGUCGUUAGAUCCACACCGAGUUGGACAACCUGAAUGUGGAUAUUGAUAACAUUGAACUGUUCAACAAAACAGGAAGGGACAAUCUGGAGAACUUUGCUUCUGGGAUAGAAUCAAUCAAUUAUUCCAUGUACUUGAAGGAGAAUAUAUCUCCUACCAAAGUAGAUCUGCUGGUGUUUGCUUCUUCUCUGGAAGAAAAGACAGACAAGUUGCCCGACGGAACCCUGAAGCAGGGCUUGAAAACAGAAGUGCAGAGAAUUAAAACAUUCAACCAGCAGCAAAGUCCUCCUAUGCAGCAAUCACUGAUCACAGAGAAGAUGACAUCCUGCAAACCUGUGGUCACUGCAAUGGACUCCGCUGUUAAUGGUGUUCUGUGUGGCUAUGCUGCUGACCCUCUGAAUUUGUUCUGGUUCGGCAUCGGACAAGCCACGGCGCUCUUGCUUCCCGCUGUGAUCAUCGCUGUCAAGCUGGCCAAGUACUAUCGCAGGAUGGAUUCAGAGGACAUAUAUGACGAUGGUGAAACUGUACCCAUGAAAAAUUUGGAAAACGGUAGUAAUGGUUAUCAUAAAGAUCACUUAUAUGGUGUUCACAAUCCCGUUAUGACAAGCCCAUCUCGUUACUGACAAUUGAAGUGGAAAUUGCUUGAG